AUGGACGACCCAUGGGCAGGACCAUCAUGGUCCACGCCAUCCAAGCCAUCUUCGUCGAUAUCAAUGACUAUGCCCUCAGCGGGAAGGACAACACCUCCACCAAGGUUCGACGAAUCUGAUCCAUGGGGUGUGACGCAUGCGACCAAGACUGAACUACAGAAAACACCUGAACAUGAUGACGAUGAAGAGAAAGAAGUGGCAGAACCGAAGGGGAGUACAGUCGAGACUCCCGGCUGGGGAGGGGAGGACAAUGGACCUUGGGGAGUUGAUGAUACUGAGGAGGAUAAGUCAACUACACCAGCGGAAAAUGAAUCACCACCCAAGCCCGACAAAGCAAAGGAUCAACAACCCACUUGGAGCUCAGGCGAAUCGCCAGUCAAAGACCCUUCUCCUCUACCGACAUCACCUGAUCUUCAGGAUAUCUCGGUACCAUCUGCAAUCGUCUCUCCUGAUAAACUCGUCCCUCCUCAUAUAACAUCCUCACCUGCUCUCGCUGUAUCCCCUCCUGCUGUACCCCUUCCUACCUUCGAUGACGAACCUUUCGCUUCAACCUCUACCGAUCUCAAUCCAAUACCCAAGUCGCCUUCUUUCGGGGACGACUUUGGCGGUUUCUCAGCUGGACCGUCUUUCACCUCAGGAGGGGAUGAUCCAUGGGGCAAUAAUGCUGGGCCAAGCACCAUCGCAGCCAAGAAAGAUCCAGGCGGAUGGGGUGGAGAAGAUUUGUCUUGGGGGGGUGGAAAGAAUGAUUCUUCUUGGGGUGAUACGUCUUUUGGGGAGGAAGCUCAAACCUCUUUCAAAUCGCCUGUUAUCCCUCAAGAAGAGGACGAGGAUGACGAAGCAGACGAAGGGGAGGGUUGGGGAAAAGCUAGACCUGCUGUGAGGCCUGUGGUGGAAGAGAGACCGAAAGGGGAUGAUGAUUGGGAAGAAGCUCAGCGGAAGAUACGUGUCAAGCAGGAAAGAGCUCCACAGGACAAGAUAGAUGGAUUGACAAAUGCCUGGACAGAUCUACUGGGUGGUUUGAUCCACCAAGAAUUAGAAAAGAUGACAGGUGCAGAGGAAUUGCAGUUUGAGGAAAAGGUGAAGAAGCUUGAGGAUGAUACUCUCGAUCGGUUACGCUCUCUGUCAACUAUACCGCCCGACAUCAAUAUCUACCCUCCUAUCCUGUCUUCUCUCAUGACCCACGAACGAUAUGUAUACGCCUUACAAAGGCCCAAUCCUGCUCCUUCGACCUCUCUUCUAACCACGACCACAUCUCGCCGACCGACUAGGGUUGACCCAUUGGCCUUGGUCAGUUCCGAAUUGGAGCCAUCGUGGACCAGCAGAUCGAUGCUCGGUGAACCAGAUGCACCCUCACAGGAUGCCAUAUCCCAACAAGAAGAACAGAAUAAAAGCAGAUGGUCAUUCUGGGGCAAAAGACCUGUACCAGAAAGACAGCUAACCACAUCAGGUGGAGGGGUUCUGGAGAGGAAGUCGAUAUCAUUGGCAUCACCUGAUCUGAAUAACGAGAUCCAUUCAACAGAUAUCAAGCCUUCUUCCAAACCCUCUUCGAGAGCACCAUCUAUCUCAAUCGCCUCAUCCAGACCCAACUCACCUGCACCUCCUGGCCCUGCGGGGGCAAAUGUCAACAGCGAUAUCGGUCAUUCGGCUCCUUCGGGCACAUUACCGCAAACACAAACACAGCCUUCACAACCUGUGCAAGCGGCCCCCUCUGCGGUAUCAAGAUUCUUUGGUCGAUUAUCGCGUAAUAGGUCACAGACCACGACUCAAGAGAAUGAGGAGAACAACAAUAAAGAUCUAGAGCUAUCAGCAGAUGACUUCUCUUUCUUAUCGGAAGUACCAUCACUGAAACCACCAGAAAAAGGCGUGGGAGACUUGUUAGCAUUAGAACCUGGUCGGAACGAGCAGAUAGCCUCUUUGGAGAGUCUAUUGAACUCUAAACCGACACAGCUACCGAAACCUCUAGCUCCACCUCCUAGAAGUGCUUCACCCGCGCCGAGAUCAAGCAGUGGUAAAUUCGUAGCAAGGAUGAAAUCACCUCCGCCAACCGAUAUGGACCUACUAGGUGAUUUGAAUUUUGAUGGAUCAGCUCAACCUCGGUCAUCCACAUCUUCUAUUGUACAGUCCCCCCAUCAAGCUGUAUCAUCACCUUCAAAUGCAUGGGAUGAUUUCCUCUCCCUGGACUCUAACUCUGGACCUAGUGUGCCCGUUAGACUAUCCGGCAAAUCACCCUCAACACCUUUCGUCGCUCCUCCUCUUGUACCCUCCCGCUCGGAUACACCGACCGUCUCACUCUCACCACCUCCUCCACCUUCACCAUCCAACCCAGCUAUAUCAUCCCUCGUCAACAAGCCGACUCCUGUCACACCGGCCAAAAGCGCGGUCAAUGAUUUUGGAGAUUUCGAUGAUUUCGGCACACCCCAACAUGCGUCAACAUCUACAUUUGACGAUUUCGGGGAUUUCUCCGCCUUCGGAAGCACCACGACUACAUCUGCCCCAAUACCUGCAUCCGCACAUGCGUUUGCGGAACUAUCACCAAUCCCAUUCAAUUUACAGCAAACGCAAACCCAGACACUUGUCAGACCAUCAGCAAUCAGUACGCCAGGGUCAACCAAAACAUUAUCUACCCCUGCUAAUCAUGCCCGUCCUGGGUCAUUGGAUCAUACACCCACCCUCAACUUGAUAGCAGGAGCAUCAGCAACGAAGGGUAAAAGAUGGCCUGCACCUCCCAGCCCGGUAGCUCCGGCUAUAGCACCUCCUCCGAAAUCGACGCCGGGAGCUGCACCAGCGGGAUUUCCAUUCCUUAGUCCUCCUCCACCUGGUCGACCCAACUCGAGAUCGAAUAACCUUUUGGAUGAGAAUGCUACUACUGAAAACACGAGGCCCGCGCUCACUGGUACAGCUGGGGUAGGAAUAGGAAUGGGUAUUGGUAAUUUGGAUAGUCCAAUAUUCGGUGGAUCACUACAGCCUUCCAGAACUACCACUCCUACAUCACAACCUGCUAAUCCGGCUGUAGCUCUUGCUACUGGUCCACACCAGGGGAAUGGGAAAGGGGGUUUGUCAGCUCAGGAUCUCUCAUUCUUUGAUAGUCUGUAA